AUGAAAUUAUUACUUGUAUUACUUUUUAUUUCUUUCUACUAUUCAUUUGGUCAAAAGCAAUUUGUAAAUUUCCAUCCAUAUGUAACUUCACAGUGCUCUGAUACUCAAUAUGGCGUUGGUUUUUCAGUUGUCACAAAUGAAUGUUUAAAUGAUCUUGAUUAUUUCUACACUGGCUAUCAAUAUUACUCCUAUUUUACACGUACCCAAGUCAAUUCAAAUAAUCAAUUAUUGGUUUUUGUAACACAGUAUGGACAAAGAAAUUGUUCAGGUCCAGAGGUAAAAACAUUGUAUUAUAUAAGUGACACAUGUGAUUCCUCGCCAAUAAUGGAUCAAAAUAAAUUCUCACCAUAUUCAUAUGUUACAGUCACAAACAAACCAUCAUUCUCAAAUAACAGUAUUGUUAAUGCAGUUUAUUCAAAUGACCAAGAUUCAUCCUCAGCUGAUAAUAAUGACUCUCCCGCAGUAUGCAAUAGUGGCAAUCUCUUAUUUGCUACAACUAUGACUGACGGUUUUAAGGCCAUUUUCCCAAAUGGUGCUUACGAAUUUUUCAAUUGUGUGAAAGGACAACCAUUUUUAUAUUCCUGCCUUAAUAAUAAGUGCAAAAACGUACCUAUGGCACUUGAAUGUUCAUCAAGCCAAAACGAACUCACCAAUGAGUCUUGUUUCUGUUGA